AUGGCUCCGAAGAUUACAUGGAAAUUUUUCCUAUUCAGUUGUAUCAAGGCCAAGAGCCUGCCUACAGAAUCCAGGUGUAGAGUGUUGAAACAAGAUUAUGUCCGAAGGUUAUCACUUGCUGAUAUAAGUGAUCCCGGCUCGCCGCUUUCUGCAAGUGAUCUCUCUAAUUCUGUCAUUGCAUCAAAUCUUCACAUUUUCUCACUGGCAGAACUUAAAGAGAUUACAAAUGACUUUUCAUCAAGUAAUUAUCUUGGUGAAGGAGGAUUCGGGCCGGUGCACAAGGGAUUUGUUGAUGACAAGUGUAGGCCGGGAAUGGAGGCUCAGCCUGUUGCUGUUAAGUUACUUGAUUUGGACGGCACACAGGGCCACAGGGAGUGGAUGACUGAAGUCGUCCUUCUCGGGCAACUAAGGCACCCCCAUCUUGUGAAAUUGAUUGGAUAUUGUUGUGAAGAUGAGCACAGGCUUCUUGUUUAUGAAUACAUGGCUAGAGGCAACCUAGAAAAUCAAUUAUUCCGAAGAUAUACUAGUUCGUUGCCAUGGUUGACGAGGAUAAAAAUUGCGGUUGGUGCUGCAAAAGGCCUAGCAUUUCUUCAUGGCGAAGAGAAACCAGUGAUAUAUAGGGAUUUUAAGACUUCAAACAUACUGCUAGACUCCGACUAUACUGCUAAGCUUUCAGAUUUUGGGCUAGCAAAGGAUGGUCCGGACGAAAAUGAAACUCACGUGUCAACGCGUGUCAUGGGCACCCAUGGCUAUGCAGCACCUGAAUAUGUUAUGACUGGUCACUUGACGACGAUGAAUGAUGUUUACAGCUUUGGCGUGGUUCUGUUAGAAUUACUCACUGGGAAACGGGCAAUGGAUAAGAACCGUCCUGCUAGAGAGCAGAAUCUGACGAAGUGGGCAAGACCUUUUCUGAAGGAUCCUCAUAGGCUAGACAGAAUAAUGGAUCCAAGACUUGAAUGUCAAUAUUCAAUUGAAGGUGCCAAGAAAGUUGCUGUAUUGGCUUUUCAAUGCUUGAGCCACAACCCUAAAUCCAGGCCAACAAUGAAUAAGGCUGUGAAAAUCUUGGAGCCUGUCUUGGAAUUAAAUGAUGUUCCAGUUGGUUCCUUUGUGUAUAUUGCUCCCACAGAGUGUAAACUAAAAGAGAGUGAUCCAAAGGAAGUACAACAUGAAGAAAUUAGUGAGGGAAAAUUGCAAGAAAAUGGGAAUGAAAUCAAUCAAGAAAAAGAAGAAAGAAAUAAAGAGAAAGGGCACAAUCAGCGACGAAAAGGUUAUAGGCAUAUGCAUAGACUAAGGUCUCGUGCUGUCUAUUCUGAUACUGCUCUAUACAAAACCAUAAGGAACGAAAUGAAAUCUCCCAUCUCUAGACGGUGUUGA